AUGUUCGGAGCACUCAAUAGGUUCAUCGCCCGCCUCGACGACGGCCCACGCGAGCAAGGCUCAAGCAUACACGGCACGUUCGGGUUCCAGGUCCUGCGCAACACCAACGCUGAGAUACCCCUGGAGCCUUGGUUUGACUUCAUUAUCGGCAUCAAUGGGAGAACUAUUGAUAAUCCCGAUCCGAAUCUCUUUGCUGCAGAGGUCCACAACUGCGCUGGUUCAGCCAUAAGCUUAGGACUGUUCAGUGCCAAGGGCCAGAAAAUCAGAGAGGUCUUCUUCCAGGUGCCAGCAGAGAAGCCAUCGCUGGGAUUAUCACUACAAUGGACACCUCUGUCAGCGACUGAAGAUGUUUGGCACAUUCUUGAUGUUAUCCCCAAUUCUCCAGCAGAUACUGCUGGUCUACUUCCGUAUGGUGACUAUGUCAUCGGUAGUCCUGAAGGCUUAGUUCGUGGUGAAUCUGGACUAGGCGAGUUAGUUGAAGAUUACAUGAAUCGCCCGCUCCGCCUGUUCGUAUACAACCACGAAUACAAUGUCACGAGACCAGUUACCAUCACCCCCACACGUACUUGGGGUGGUGAGGGAGCCCUUGGCUGUGUACUAGGCUUCGGCGCUCUCCAUCGCAUCCCAGCACCGCUAGAAGAGCCUCCACAUGGGCCCGGCGAAACCCUCUUCUCCACUGACUCCGCUUUCGACGAGCAACGGCCUACAUCUUCCGCAUCGCACGCAGCACCUAAUGCCGCACCCCUCGCGCCACCAACGGCAGACUUCCUUGUUCCAGCUAAUAUGCAAUUCCAAUCCAAAUCCCCUCCUCUCGCGCCAUCUCCAAGUGCAAAACCGAAGAAAGGUCGGGCGCACCAUGCAUUUGCGUCGCCGAGCGCAGGCCUGGACGACUAUUUCAAAGAGGGGGAGGAGAAGAGCAAAGAGCAAGAUUAUGCACCAUUGGCGAGAGCUGGAUCUGUGCCUCCACCUCCAAAGAUCGGUGGGCCACCAAGGGCUGGAGGUCCUCCGAAGGCAGCGACGCCUGUGCAAAAAGAAGACGAACCCGGGGCGGAGUAA